AUGUGCGGUCCACCAGCAUUAAGACUGUUCAUGCUUGACUCCGCUGUGACUACUUUAAUUGGAUUAGCGCUGAUACUUUGUGUGAUAAGCCUUUCCGCGAGUCUUUCCUGGACAUUAUCAAGCUCUCCCGUCAGCACUUCCUGUGUGCACGAUUACGACUACAUCGGUAAUGCUAUUUAGCUGGAAAUAUUUGCUCUAGCGCUUAGACGUUAGAUCACUUACUCUACGGUAAAAUCUCCUUUAACAUCAGCAUAGUCUUUAAUGGACUUGAACGAUUUUUUACUUAAAAAACCAUAAUCUCUUCCAGUAUGGUCAGUGAAUAAAAGAACCUUAAGGCAAUACAAAAAAAUGAAUUGGACGCGUACGUUAUUCCUUUGCUUCAUGUGGUAUGUAUAGUUUGUGCUUUUAGAAGACGAGUAAAUUUCACUUAAGAAAAACCGGAUAGAGACACGUUUUAAUUAUGUCGUUUUCGGGCUUGUCUUUAGCUAGACUGUAAAAAAUACUACUCAUGCUCUGCACCUUUAUGCCUUAAAGUAGAUACUGUGUUGAAUGCACGAAAUCUUACCAUGAAUGCGGACUAUGUUGCAUAAUUCACGAUGGCCAUCAAUAAGCAGUUAACACAAUGCCAAAAGUAGUGGUAGUAAAUUGUACGUAUCUCCCCAUGGACUUUCGGUGGCCUUAUAAACUUAAGCGUAUUCUAUAAAAACCACGCAUUAUUCUACUCAUUUGGUUGCCAAAACUAGUCCUCUCUACAUUUUGUGACCGAAUAAAUAGUUCCUAUUUAUUUAUGAACUUUCUUGUUGUAGGAUCUUUAAGACCGUAAAAUUUCCAUUUAUACGGCAUUAUACUUGCCUGUUUAUCGAUGUCCAUCAUAAAAUAUACCAAAUAGUCCGCAUCCAUGGCAAGAUUUUGUAAACUCUCUUUAAUGGCCUAGGGUAACAUAUAACUGUUCUUUUGCGGCAAGUAUACACCGUCUAGACUGGAAUCGCUUAACAAUGGUGUAAAGGCUGAUUUGGCUCAAACGUUUUCGGGAAUUAAUACAGUUUUCAAAACCUAAAGACGCCCCGGCUCCGGGUACAACAUGCGCAGAUAAUGUGAUUUUCUGUCAAAUAUUGUUGGAUAAAGCAUACAUUUUCGUUUUUUAUAUGACAAAGUUAAAUUCAUAAGGUCAUUGAAAUUUAGUGCGAAAGAUGCACACUACUUUAGUAGCUAUUUAUUUCCACGUGACGUUUUUUAGGAGGUUGAACAAAAGGGCAUCUAAAUGCCAAUAUUUUGGUAAAUCUAAAAUAUUCUACUAUUAUUUCGUUUGUUAGUUAAUAUUACAACCUCACGUAAGGAAUCGAUCCUUAUGGAAGUCGCAUUCCAGAGUUUCGACUAACAGUCAUCGCAUUUACUUGGUAAUAUAAAGAGUUAAGUGGCAUGCAUAUAGUAUUUAUUAUGUUAAGUUACCUCACGUUUAUACUUUAGCAAAGAUUUUUUAAAAUGACGAAAUUGUUUUUUUUUCUUUAAGCCGCAUUUACCACAGUUCAGAGGUUUGCCAUUGUUGCUUGUGUGAGUUGCCUUAUCUCCUUCAUCCUCGGGGUGCUUCGUCUGCUUAUACAUCGGAUUGCGAAUCACAAGCGGUACAAGCACAUGUUCUUUUUCGUCCUCGGCAGCUCUUGUAAGUUUCCAGCGUUUACUAAUCUAAUGCUAUUGUUAUUAUUGUUUGUUAAGAUCACAAAUUAAUUUAAAAACGUCUUCAUCUAACAAGGUGUAAUUUUGACUGUUCCGACCUAUCUAGAGACAGGAAAAAAUUCCUUACGAAUAAGCUGAAACAAUGCGUUAGGCGUUUUGUUUUGGCAGGUAAAACUACUCCAUAUGACGCUAUCUGUACAACUUAAAAGCUGUUAAUUUUCCAUUUGUUUAAAUUACGCUGCACCCAACUUUUUCAGAAGUUUUCCCUAGACAGAAUGACAAAACGAAGUGAUCUACAUAUCACAAGCCCAUCUAAGCAAUCCCCACAUUAUUGGAAACUUGCACUCGUGGCGGCCACUUAAAUGCGUUUUCCGAUGCAAUAUACCAAACAAUGUGACUCAAUUAACAAUGCAUUAGAAAUCUCAUUAAACAUGGUUUCGACAACUCAUUUGCUAGAUUAUUCGUUGUGGCAAACUAACAUGGACUUUUAAACACAGUUUAUUAAGGUUUUUAAUUUAAUUAAAGGAACUAGCAUCAUUAUGCCAUCAAGUGUUUGAUGUGGCAAAACAUUUGCUCAAAUUAAUAUAGACGAUGCUUAGAGUAUUUCGAACUCAGGUUGAAAAGUCCCACAUGUGCAUGCCCCAAUAAAGAGAAUACGUAAUUAUUUCGACAUAAACUAACACCUGUAUAUCCGUAAUGAAAUUUGGAUCGCUGAGUUUAAAAGUCUUGAUUUUAACAAUGCCGUGGCUACUCCCCUAGCUCAAAUAUUUGUACGUAUAGUUGUUGAGUUAUGUGAAUAUUAAGGCAGAAUUGCAUUACCAACGAAGACGAGGAAGACUGAAAUGGCCGUUUCUGGCUUAUUAGUCGUCGCCAGCCAGUCGCAUCCCUGUACCAUUGUAUAUACACCACUGCAACCGACAGGAAAACGAGCUGGCUUCCUAAUGGCUAGAAAAGUUGGACUUCUAGCCAACAGGUUACAAAAUCGAGCCCCAGGUCUUUCACAAAUCGGGAUUGGAUGUAACUGGCUGACGACGGCCAAUAAGCCAGAAAUGACCACUCCAGUCUCCUUUGUCUUUGUCGGUAGUUUUAUUUUGCAUAUAGUGCGUGCCAUCCUACUGCGGUCGUUUAGGCUUGAGAGGAAGUCUCAAGGCACAAGUGGAGGAAGGAGUUCUGCAAAACGAUCGCUGAGCACCAUACUACCAUUAUAUAUAUGCAACAAUUUGCGAAAUGAAAAGCAGGGGCUUUAAUCGUAAAAACAAUAACUUUCCUUGCUCGGCCUUUCGGAUUUUUGCUCGAACCCAUUAUUUGGACAGCCAUAGGUAAGAGUAGUGGACGUACAUGGGUGUAGUAUAUAUGAAUAUACAAAAAGUGUAUUGCACACAUAUUCGUUGGUAAUUGCUCUACACGCACCUGUUUACCACGAUUAAAAGCCACCUAGUCUGUCACGGUGGUUAUAAUUGGUGCAAUCAUUGUUCAUCUACAUCCCUAUCGAUACUUGACGCAGUAGGGACACUGGUAUUGAUUAAUGACGUGAAAAUUACUAGCCAAUUCCUCUCGUUAAUACCUUUACUGUAUUCGGCUUCCACGUGCGCUCCGUCUAGAUGGAUUUUCAACGCUGUAUGGAAAGGACGGUCAUUGCACUUGCCAGUCGAUUGCCUAACGGAUGCCCAUAAUUGGCAUGGUGGUCACCCUUCGCUAGUACUUUGUAAUCGUCGGACUAGAAGAUGUAACUGGAGGUUGUCAAGUAAACUGUGACUUGAGAGCUGGCGUAAUUUCUUCUUACUGCUGCAGCAUGUUGGGCUAUCUGCGUCCGGGGCAAUCUGCCGUUCCUCCGACGUAAUUGCAUUUUCAGCAACUACACUAAACAUGUUAAAUGGUUCUAGACUAUCCUCACUCCGGUGGUGGAAUAUUUAGCCUCAUUACUUGUUGACUGAUAUUUGCCUCUGGUAAGUGUGGAACUCCAACUCCAAGUGGUUUCUGAAAGCGGCAAGCGUCUUCUGAGACGUUCUUACAUAUAAGAACGCAUGCCAAGAGUUUUGAAAAGAUGUAGCCAAGCCUCUUCUUUCCUUUGCUCAUGCAGCUGCCGAAGAGUCUGCGCGAAUUGUCAUUCGUCCUAAGUGGGCCUGUGGUUUUAUAAGGGCAGCCAUAACUGAUUCAAAAACGUAAGGGCUCCAGAUGAUCGCACAUGCUGCUAUCGAAAGGCAGAUGCAAAGCUCGAGUGGCUCCUCCUGUUCCAAUUGCAGUCCAGUCCCAGAAGGACAUAAUAUGAAAAUCGACCACCGGUUUCUACUAGACCGGAUAUAACGUUUUGUUGAAAUUCUGCUCUGGAAGACUGGAAACACUUCAUCUUAAAAGCGUUUUGCACAAAUGACAAUUUUAAGACAAGCAUAGGCUUGCUUUCGUAGUAAGAUAUCAGCAUAAUUAUAGGCGCUCUUAGCUUAAUAUGUUAGGUAAUCAUGCAAAGCUUUCAUCGUCCUUAGAAACGUAAAUGGCACGUAUGGUUGAAACCCUAAAAUAGCUAACAGGGCCGUUUGAGUUCUCGAGUAUCUGGCCAUUAAUAACUUCUCCUCCUAUUAGGACGACCAAAUAAUUAUCUGUAUAUAGUUUCCAUCAGCUGGAGAGACAUUUGGGAGAGCAUGCAAGUCUUUCUGAAAAAUGCACACUGGUAUCUGGGAGUAGGCCAAGGCGGAACUCAAUGUUUCAGCGUAUGGAACUUUAACAGGGAUACUGUUCUGUCUCUGAUACUUUUUCAAGCUCACCAAAGUCCUCUCUCAUGAGCUUCUUGCGCUCGGACACGCACUACAUGCAGAAAUGCAAAAGAGAGCAUAUUAUCAGAAAUAAGAUUAUCAUGUUCAGCAAACCCUGGGAGAAACAAUCUGCGUAUUUUGACCCAAGUAACAAACUACUCCUUCAGACCGUGCGCGUGUAAAUGUGCAGCCGCUCAACUGCGUUAGGUACAUCAAGUGAAACUUUUGUUGACAAAGAUAUCUAGGAUUCUCUAAAUCCGCAUGGUUGACAUUUCGUCGUCAAUGAUAAAGACUGUGUGGCUGAAAGUAUCGCACAGCUUCUGCUGCAAAAGCAGUUCACCUGUGUUUUAUAUUUCAGUAACACCGGUAGUUGAUAUCGGUACCCCAAGAACAGAGGCCAGAAAGACGUCAGAUAUCAACUUCACAUAUUUCCAAUUCUAGUCACGUAUUCUAAACAGGAAAGAGAGAAAAAAUGUUGAUUAUGCAGAAUUCCGCAGCUAUUUACAAUAGGAUGAUUCCAGAAAAUUAUGACAGCACUUUUCUCAAACUCGGAGGGCGUCAGUAGAGAGAUAUUAACAAUGUCCGCAAGGAUUUAAGUCCCUGAGUUUCUGACAGGAAUAAAUUCUGACUAAUUCCGCCUGGUUGGGGGAAGUGGCUAAGUACCUGUCUUUACUGACGUUGUAUUGCACUAGCAUUAAAAUGUCAGCGAGAUUAUUGCAGCCUUUAACACUAACUGGCAGCAUGAAGUAGAGCGUUGGGACAGUCGGUACUCGUGGAGGAACGCUGUGCCGUUUGUAUACAAUAUUGUCCUAUUUUAGGGAUAACUCCGCUUUCAAAGGGAUACGCGAAAAUGUAGAACAUGAUCAAUGAUUGCUAGAUCUAAGCGCGGACUGCGCAGUCAACUACGACGUAUACACAAGCCUAAAACUGACAGUUUGACCUCUUGAGUGAAAAAACGCUUCGUUAUCGAACAUUGUGCAAAUACAUCUCAAAGGCCAUCAUUUGCUGUUUUUAUAUUAGUAAACAUUACGUCACAUGUUUUACGGGCAUAAUCCCAUACGUAUAUUUCAGUAUAGCUUAACAUUAACUAUUUCUGUUAUUCGCGUGUGUCUUUAGGGCAAACCUAAGGCUGUAACCGAGCUCCGUACACAAGUUAAUAGUAGUUAUUUGUUUCAAAGGGUUCUAAAUGUGAAAAUCGUCUCCCAGCACAUUCAAUGCAUCAAAUUUGAAGACGGUUCCUACUGUGAGAGUUCCACCGUCGUCUUUGACGAUGUCCCCCAUGUACCACACAGAAGGGUGAGAACAGGAACGGUGACAUGUGCGUGGAUUAGUUUGUAGUGAUAGAACACUUGCCCCGCAUCUACCGCACUCUCUCCUACCUCACCUGUUCCCGGCGUCAAGACAACGUCAAGAAUACCGGCCACCGGAGCGGACGUAGGUGGCUAGCACGAAGUAAACCCGCACCCGGGCGUACCACCACACUCCUUGGUCCACAGCGUGUACUGACCAAGAUUUCACACACAAAACGGGAAGAUGGUGCGUCUCGAAUCCCACGAAGUUGGCGUGCCACAGAGGUCACAUAAAGAAGGAACCACUGCAACCUUACCCGCGGACCGCCAGUUUUCCAAUCCACUGAGUCGACUGCAUAUCCCGCGUUAUUCCGUCAGUUGUGAACCUUCCAAGCCACGGCUUUAGCGCGCAAUGAUGCACUCAGGGCUGUCAGAUUGUUUAUAAUGAGGAAAAAUGCGCUGAGCCAUCGACCUCACUCUUUGAUACCACUCUACGAGCUGGUCACUUGUCUGGUGCAGUGAAUGAAUGCAGUGAUUGGCACACAUGUCACAUACACGUCCCAACCACCCGAAAACAAGCACCAGGAUAUUACAGCUAAGGGGAUGUGCGGCAGUCAUCUCACAUACGUGAGGGUUCAUGUGGUCGUGUCAAGAAGGGCCGUUCGAACCUGAUUCCAGCUCCACUAGCCAGGCACUCCGCAAAAACCCAGACUGAGCUGACUGAAAGGCCUAAUUUCUAUCAUCAUUCGGCGGCCUUCCAAGCCGGAACAGUUGGCACACCGCGACAGUCUCAGGUUCAGAUCACACAUGCAGCAGAGGAGCCACAUAGAGAAGCAGCCGAAAAACACAAUUCGCACUUAAGUAAGUGGUGCCAAUUGCGUGCUUGUGUUGUGGGAUCUUGGGUGUCGUUAUGUAUAGUAUAUGUGCCGGUUAGGAGGAGUAAGAUGGAAUGACUUAGCUGGCGGCGUUCUACCGCAGAUUUUCGUGAAUGCGCAUGUGGCCUAAUAGGCCCAUGUGGCGGCUGAAUGUGCCUGGCUAUUGUCCGCAGUGAGAGCGACGGUGUCUAGUAUAUUCCGGCGUUCCAGGUAUUGGUUUGUCAGUCUCUGUGCGUUGGAUUCGCAGGUGACCGACCAUUUCCUAGUGUCGGAAUGCCAACUACCCCUGGCUUGCGUAGUUAAAGACACUUUUAUUAAAACGCAUUAGGAUGCGUUGGUUAGCAAUGCAGUUUCACUCGUGGGAUAACAAUGACAUUUUGGAAUACUUGGAAGAUCUUCAAACGAUCGGUAGUAGGGUUCUCCAAAUAGAACGAAAGUUGCGCAGCAUGUUCCUCUUUCUAGGCACUCAUGCAUGCAAGGCAAAUCGCCGCAAAACAAACUAUGAGUGACAGCAAGAAGAGAGCGUUGCAGUGGUGACAGCGGGGUCCAGAAAAAUUUGGGCCGAAAAAUGACAGCGAGUUAAUACUGCGCAUUUAACCACUCGGGCUUGGCGUUUGUAAAUCGUGAUUAAUAUCUGCUAGAGAAUUUCACAGAAGCCAAGUUGACUUUAGAAAAAUUGAAUUAUAGAAACAUUAAGCCAGCGCACCUAAAGUAUUUUCAAAAAGGCAAUCAAAGCGCCGCAGACAAGCACAAAACCAGGCCUGCGCAUUUAUGUUCAUUAGACAACAGUGAAGAAAAAGUUAUCUUCUCGAACGUUGUUUAACUUUUCUAUUUUUAAAAGCCUGCCUGUCUGCCUCCAAGUAAAAUCGAAGUUCUUUAACGGUCGACUCUCUUGCAAGACAAGCACAUGAGCAUGACUUGCUAAGCACUGAUUCUAGCCAAGAAAACAGAAGCUAAGUAGGAAUCGGCGUCGUUGCUGAGGCGACUGUUUGAGAGGUACAAACCUAAGUUAUGGGCAAGUCAAAUUGACGGCACCUCCAUAAUCAUCGAUCAGGACAAAAUUGAGUAAUACGCGGAGCAAGUGAACUCAAUCAUCCCCAUCGAACACGCACCAAAUGCUCAGUUACAACAGCAGCCACCGACUGCAGCACAGACGAAGCUGUGUAGGCACGCUAUACUGACGGGGAGAAACUCAUUGCAGGACGCCAGCCGGCCAAACUGGACGAAAUGAAGCUUUUUCGAGAACUCUGUAAAACCAUCAGCUAUCCUUAAGCAUUCGCUGAACCCAGCCUAAGGCAACGAAGAACGCGAUACGAAGAACAUAGUCAGCCAAAAUUGUAGCGGGGCAUUCCGUACAUGAAGGGGGUCUCCGGAGCUGCGGUUAGAUCCCUAGUGCUACGCGAAGUAGGAGUUGGCCACAAGCCUGACUUAACAAUUCACCGACAAAUGAUGCGGCUAAAAGACUCGAUCCCUAAGGGGGAGGUCUAGGCCGUUUUUCUACCGACUUCAGUGCAGCUGUUGGAUAUACAAAUAUAUUGGAGUAACCGACCGAUGGUUGCAAACGCGAAUGCACGAGUGCAGGUUGGUUGUGCGAAGGUUGGGCCCAAAUUCUGAGGUAGCAACGCACGCCCCACAAAUUUGACAAGUCUUUAACUUUGACGUGGAUGGGAUAUUUGGCCGAGGCGGUGAUCAUACGGCAAGGCGGGUACAAAAAGCCUAAACGCCCAUUGACUGCUCUAUCUACCGCCACAUUAAUUUGUCUUUCUCCUAUCCAAUUUUAAGAACUUUCUUGAUGUGGAACAGUGACGGUGCGGGACAAUCGGGGCCAGUGAGAGCAGGGGUGACUCAGGUCAUGGUGGCAUUCGGGUCGGAUGCAGCCGCACAGACGGCCUUGACCGGCCACGCACCAAACAAAGCCCUAUAAGAAAACUGCGGGAAUAACUUCCUACUCUCUGAAGAUGGGUGGAAGUAGUGACUACUGGUAACGUCAGAUCAGUAAAAAGCGUCUCCUCCACUUUUGAUGCCUGGUUAGUGUCCGGGCGCAUUUGCAAAACCACAUACAAAUUAGGUACGCUACCAACUUUUAUCUCGGUCUCUUGCAUGAAGCAUGCUUUGUCGGUGGGUUGUGCCAAUACGCUGUGGAGACCACAUGUAUGUAGUGACACGUGAUGCAGACCGACAUGGCGAUAAAUCCGUCUCAUCCAAUCGUUGGUAUUCUUGGGGAGUUUAUUCAUCUUCCGCAGCAUUGCUUUUAGGUUUUUAUGCCGUACGGACUGCGUAGAUUAGAGGACUUCAGACCAAUCGAAAGUCCUUCCACCGACUUUUUUUAAAAGAGAAGUCACAAAAAUCAUAAUGCCUUAGCACAAAUUGUUACUGAACGCAGAUGAAAAAUGGGUUGAAAAUCGCAUAAAAAUAUGCCUGCUUUUGUUGGCAUGACAUUUCGUGCAAUAAUUGAUAUUUGUCACGCGACCCCUGAGGAAAACUCGCUUUCCAUACGAACCGGAAAUGCGCAAUCUCGUUCAGAAUUGAUGAUAUAUUGCUCCACACCACUACCCUGUGGCUAUGAAUAGAACUCUUGUGCCCAUCGAAAUCCAGUGACAGGCAGAAGUAGAGUGGUAAGGUAGCCUAUGUAAAAAGCACUGUGAAAAAUAGCAACGGGAGUGUAAACGACUUACUUACCAAAUGACCAUGACCAAGUCGAAUUUAUGAGCAUGUACAAAAGAUGAGACGACAUUAUUUACCAAGCGUGACAGGUCAUCGAAUAAGUGCUGAGUUGAAAAGGUAAACGUUUCCCUCCGACUUUGAGAUAUAUUACAAUGAACAGUGUCGCCUAAUUCCUCUCAUGAGAUAUUUGACGGCAGCAGUUGCGAUAACUUUAUGUGCAGGUGAUCUGAUGAUGGCAUUUUGGGAUUUCAGACCUUUCGACAAAGUCUGUGAGUAUCAGCCAGCUGUCUUAUAUUUUGGUACUAAAAACUGCAGUUUACGAUUGCUUACUUGGGCGUUCAAAUAGAAAUGUUAAUGUUUUAUGAGCGAGAUUUUAAAUACUGUUACCGACGGCAUACGGUUUUCAUAAACUUUCAUGCCUACGAAUUGUCCCAUUUGACUGCAAAAUGCAAGUUACAUCAGUCUGAAUGGAUUUUAUUGUCUGCCUCGUCGUUUUUAUUUAAAAAAUCUAUUUCGUGAUCUUUUGGUCAUUGAAGGAGCUCGAUGAAGUUGAUGCGCUUAUGGUGUAACAGCCGGUAGAGUAGAUGUGCUAAUUCUUGAAAUGUUACCUUAAAUCCUGAAAUGCGCUUUCGAAUCUAAAAGACCACUUAAGUCGCGAUGUAAUAUUAAUUAUCAUGUAGUAUAAUCCCAAAAUAUUCAGUCACUUCAGGAUGCCGGAUUUUUGACCAAUUGUGCUCAGGCCGACUGAAACAAUACACUGUAAAAAUGCGUACUUAAUAAGUAUGAGUGUUUUCAUUGAUUUUCGAUGCCAUAUAAAUUCAAAUAUACUUUAUAAAAAACAGGCACAGGAAUAUUCGUUCUCGUACUCACUUGAUAGAAAAUAACGUCUUCAGAUUGUUUACUUGACGGGAGGAUAUAAGUUUUUUAUGACUGCAGAGUGCCCGUUUAUGAAACUUCGUGUCUCCGUAUUUACUGAUGUUGCUUGUAAAGCUUACUUUAUGGCUCAAAUUCACCGUCAAAUUUUAUGCACCACAAACAGUCUCCCAUUUAUAGUGUUUACCUAUAUAUGAUUUUCCGUAGACGUAAAAUACACAAAUUUCAGUUUGAAAAUCUUGGAAGCAAGUGUAAUGGCAUUUUGGGUUUAAAAUUAUUCAGGAAUUGGAAAAGAUUUUGUAGCUGAAUGAUACCCUGCCUCAAGCAAAAAGUUUGAAGAAGACGUAAUUUUAUACCAGAGGAGUAAAAGAGGUAAGAGGGGAAUAUUGUUGAAUUUCUAACGGCAUCAAAAUCAAUGAGACAUUCGUAUUAAAUAAGAAGUCACUAUUACCGUGUAUAGUUCUUACAGGCUGUUUGAAAGACGUUUAUUCAAAAGCCGCUAUCCUGAAGUAACUGAAGUACCUUAGGAGUACGCAGCAAGUUGGUUAAUAUCAUUGCCCUACUUAAGCAAUUUUUCAAAUAGAAAGCACAUUUCAGAAUUUCGAUUACUACUUCAUGCGUUAGCGCAUCUAAAUGUACGUCAAAUGCACGAGUGUUGAGGACACUGAGAAUAAUAGCUUCAAAAAGCAUAAUAAACACUGCUGGCAUAAUGUAGUCCAUACUAUAGGCUUAGUCGUCUAAAGCGAAAGAUCAGUUAAUAAUCCUAACAAGGUACCGGUGUACGUAGCUAUCCAAUGUUUGCGUUACAUGAUGGAUCUUCCUGACUGACUGCAAGUCCAAAAUUUUUUUCUGGUAAAUUUUGUUGGAAAACGAAGGAGCCAUGCUCAAACUGUGUGGAAGGGAAUUGCAAUUGAGAGAUUCGAAAUCUACAAAUUAAUUUUCUGAUCGAACUGUUCUUUGUGAAAGUGCAUCACAAGCAACGAGCAUGUGGAUAAACUGUAUGUGUACUACAUUUUUCGGUUGAAAUCUUCUUUCAGUGAUAUCAUUCAGAUGGGCGUAACAUUUCUGUCAGAGUGUUGGGCACACAUGAGCCAUCCUGGAGAAUAUCCCUUGUGAUAUCUGCAACUUUUGUUAUUAGUGCGUUUCCAUUUGAAAGUACAUGGUAUUCUUUUUUCACUUUAGUUGCAAUCUGUAAUAACGUUAACUUGAUGCAGUCAUCGUAAUUUAUUCUCUACCCUGAUAUUCUUGAGUUUACAACAAAUAAUUACAAAGUAUACAAAUUUAUCCUGAUUAUUUUGAGUAUUUUAAUGUAUCGGUUCGACACGGACACCAGUCGCGCGUUCAGCAAAAACAAGGUGCGGCUCCUAGAGGGUUCAGCUUUAAAGAUCAAGAAGGCUACUCCGAUGGCAAAUGAGCAAAAAAAUGCGUAACAGAGAGACGGGACUUAGCAAACCAAUGCAAAUGCUGAUGCGUUUCCAUGAAACGGUUCGUGAAAAAUCGAAUUUCGUGCUUUCCACAAAACGGAGUUUUUGAGUUGGAAUAUUAACCUAAAGAACGAGCUCCAAGAGGUUAAAUUGAGUACUCCAUAGGGUACUUUCAUUUUUAGUUCCACGGGAAGUAAUAAAUAUUGAAAGAAUGCUUAAGCUGAUUCUGUGCUUUUUUGAUUUAAACUUGGCAGACGGUUGUCGUGAAUUUCACUUGAAAUCCGCAUGUUAUUCUAUGCUAAACAACAGGUAUCUCGAUUGUGUAAUUGCAUUUGCAUGCGGAAGAUCUGAAGUACUUUAUCUGGUUCACGCUGCCUGGGUUGUAUGAUUUACGUUGUAUGAAGUCUUGUUAAUAAGUGAAAAACAAGGUUGGUUGAACAUCGAAACAUUUUGCUUAUUGUUCUGAGCUUUCGAACUUAUGUGAGAGCCAGACUGAUUAAUCAGUUGACUGAGUUCUCGUCCGAGCUUCGAACUUCAGUCAAUUCUCUGCGUGUUUUGUUUUCAGGGUAGUCGACUAUUUUGGUGACUGUGAAGGUAAAAAUCAUGAGCAGUUUUAAAGCUGUGGGCGGUCACUUGUGACAAUGCGUUGCCUGGUCGCACUGCCAGCUUAUGUUCGCGUAUGUGCGAUCCGAACAUUUGACCAGUCUGGCCGGUGUAGUUACAAGGACGGUUUUGGCACGAGAUGCGAUACACUAUACUUGAUUGUUCCUCAUCCUUUAAUCGGUCAUUAAUUUUCAUGAUCCUACUGCGCAUGGUGGCUUUGGAGAUGUGUGCAAUUGCAACAUCUAGCAUAGCAUCAAUGCGCUCGGUCGCUUCUGAAACGCUCUUGGUAUAACGCAUGGUGGUGUUGAUGUUUGGGCCCUCUGGGGUGAACAAGCAGGAAGAGACUUAUGAAUGCCUUCGAUAGUCAUUUUGCACAAAUCAGUCAUGACGGUGCUCGACCACCCUUCUUUUUUAGUUAUACAUGUACCUGGAACUUGAACUUUCGUUCUCAUACUUGUCAGUCUGCAAGCAUGUUUUGCCAUUUUCUAAACAGUUCGAAACAAAAGAGCUGAUUUUUUUAUCUAAAAAAUUCUUUUUGCGUAACUCUGUAUACGUAGAGGCGCCGAAAACAACUCUUCGUCUAUUAAAAAUGGAAAAAUUUCAUUAAGGUGUGUGCAUCUCGUCUGAACGUUAUUCCUGAACGCUUACUUAGCCUAUCCGUCUGUUCCUCAUGCGUCCAAGAUUGCAGACAGGAGGGGCAAAUGGGUCUUUCGAGUGCAUGACAAGGACAAAAUUAAAACUUGUGCAAAUAGUUGAGUGAAAAUCAGGUACACUCAGUCUAGCGAUACCAGAGGGUGCUACCCACAAAUAUCCAGUUUAUGCGCAUGCGUGGCGAACCGUGUAAUAAAUCUGUCAAAUCAUCCCCUCAUGUGGCAACAGUAUAUGAAUAAAAUUACUGUUUUAAACAUAUUAUCGACCAAUCAGCCAUUUUGUAUCUAACUGAAGACAGACCACGCGAUGGUCUAUUUAAGACGGUUCCUGUGUUCGAAUAAAAAGUAGUCUUGAAAGUGAUGUCUCUUUUGUCUAAAGUAACUACUGACACAGCCCUAGAUAAACAGGGGACGUUAGACUACUUAUCUGAAAGAUAAGAGUUGAUGCCUUAAGUAAUAGGACGUUGGCUUGUUCCUUGGAAUGCCCGAAUUUGAAUCACUCUCUAAGGACACAACAAUGCGUUUGUAUGCUGAUUGUUUAAUUUGUCCUAUCCCAAUGCCAUUAACCAGGUGGCUUACCUUUCAACUAUGACUGAAAGAAGACGUAUUAUCGAUGAAUUGGUACAGUAGAUGCGCUACCUCAUGAAAUGUCAACCAAAAUUUCGAAUUGCGUUCUCGUUUCAAAAAGAUAAAUUAAGUAGUGUUGUAAAACUAAUCAAGAUACAGCAUAACUCUAUAAUGAUCCAGUUACCUCAGAGUGUCGCCUUUCGAAAGAACUUAUUUUCGGCUGCAUGCAAAAUCUAUACCCUGCAAAAAGUAACUACUUAUUUAGUAUGCAAUUUUUUCAUUGAUUUUCGAUGCCCUUGAAAAUUCAAUUAUAUUUCAUGGAAAACAUGCAUAAAAAUAUUCAUUCUUUUCUUAUUCCAAUUUUAUACUCAAAAGAAGAGUAUAAUUCGUUUUUAAAAACUUUUCUAAUUCUUGAAUAAUUUUGAACCCGACCUGCUGUUACACUUGCAUUCAGAGUUUCAAAACUACAAGCUGUAUAUUUUCCGUGUACGGAAAACCAUGCAUUCUCCUAUGGUAUUAAGAGGCGAUUAUAUGGGGUUCAUAAAAUUAAGCAGUGAAUUUGAGCCAUAUUGUUAAACUUACAAGCCACAUUCGUUAAUGCAGAUAUAUGACGUUUCAUGAACGACCAUUUAACGGUAUUAAAAAAGCUCACAAUUAUAUUCUUCUUUUGAGUGUGAACUUUAAAGAAGACGUGGGUUUCUACCGAAUAAGUAAACGAAUGAAUAUUUUUAUGCAUGUUUUCCAUGAAAUAUAAGUAAAUUUUUAAGAUCAUCGAAAAUCAAUGGGAAAAUUGCAUACUAUUUAAGAAGUCAUUUUUUGCAGAGUAUAGAUCUUGCAUGCAGCCGAAAAUAAGUUCUUUAGAAAGCCGACACCCUGAGGUAACUGGACCAUUAUAUAUUUAUGCUGCAUCAUGAUUAGUUUUACAACUCUACUUAGGUUAUCUGUUUGAAACGAGAAGCAUUUCGAAAUUUUGGUUGACAUUUCAUGAGUUAGCACAUCUACUGUAAGUCGGCAUCAUAUUUCUACUAAAUGAUUUCAAAUUGUAGAUAAUGAGUUGACGCAGCUGUCCGAAAUACCUCUCUUUCAUCCAUUUGCGAUUUCUCGUUUGAAUACACUUUUAUUUUCUACAAUUAUAAGAGUUCCAAUAGGCAGAACAGUUAUCACGCAUUUUGGGCACUAAAUACAUCUAAGAAGUCACGUCUUUUUGUACUACUUUUGUUAUUCGACAAACUGCCAAUGAUUUUCUAGGCAAACCAACUUGUAAACGACAGGGAGCAAAGCGGCUAGCGUCUACUUUGGAGAAACACAUACUGUCCGCUGGCUUGUGUCCCGGCGUGUGAUCUCCAGUUCACAGAUUUUAAAUAAGUGCCUGCUAUCAUGCCCUAGAUUAACGUCGCAGCUAUGCAUGCUCCCUGCGUUUAGCAUUCAGGGCCGUGACCUCAAAUGUUUGACAUUAAUGGUCUCAGUCGGUUGCGUGACACAUACCAACAUCCGGAGGUAAAUAUUUAUAUAAAAUUAAGUGCACACACGACUUUUGCUUUGCGGCCCGUUGUGCGCCUGUAAAUGAUCUCUCGGGACACGUAUGAAUGACUUUCAUCUCGAAAAUGAAAUCAACGACAGGCUCUGAAAGAACCUACUGUUUAGUGUCAGAAUGACGGUAAGACUUCUAAGGACAUUCUAGUCGUUAGAUUACGUUACGACGAUAUCUAUUGACAUUUAGGCUGAACAUGUGUGAUCUUAUAAGGGCAGAAGAAGGGCCGAUCGUAUCAUGAGGCCUGGAAGGCGACGCAAAACGCAAGAUAAUACGAGUAAGAUUUUUUUUUAAAUCCUGCACGAAAAGUCCCGGCAAAAGAAUAAGUGCAGAUUUCCCUCUAAACACUAACGCACUGUUCGCCAGAUCACCAGAUUGAGCUCCAAUAUAUAGCGAAGGAGCAUGUUCUAUAACAUCUGAUCUGGGCACCCCUGGAACGAAGAUACAUGGUAAGCUAAGCAAAAACUUUUCAUUUCACCCAUACGUCAUUUAAGGUUCAUUUGCAGGCACAGUUUAAUAUGUAGGGGUCAAGCACAGUAUGCAACUCUCUGGAAAACGCAUAAUGGCUUUUAAAAUGUUAAAUACAAAAUGCAAAAUUAAGGAGAAUUUAUGUCAACUCUUUGGCACUGGUUAAAGAAGUACACACCCUGCUGGAGAAUUUUCGCAUCGCUAGGUUCAUCUAUUUUUGCGCUGUAAAAUCAAAUACGAAAAUGUGUAACUCGUAAUCAAUAAAUUCGUGGUGGUCCUUCCCCCAUUUGGAAGAUCUCUCUUCAUGAUUAACGAGAUUCUUUUAAGUUAAGUAGUGGCCGCUGGCAGCGACGGCUAAACAAACCAGAAUCAAAGAGCCAAACCGCGAGCAUGGAGCUGGUGUUCAGCCGGUCACUGUGACUUCCGAGUUUAUCCAGAUUAAUUUAUCUAUGAAGUGUUAUAAUACUGGGUUUUUCGCCAACUAUUCUGCGUUAUGUAAAUUACGGCUUUGCCGCUGCCUUCCAAUCCUUCUGCGACUUGCAUAACGUCCUGCCUGCUUCAUUGUUAUGCCUAGAGGCAUAGUUUUAGUUUAAGCUGCGGUUCAUAUCACAUUAGACUUUGGUGCACACCACUGAUUUUAUUGUUACGAUAAACAAUUAUAUUGAUUCUCGGAGAGACUGCAUUCACUGUUGCAGAUGAAUGACUGGAUAUUUCACAAAAACGUUCGUUUCAUUUGCAGCUAAACAUGCGCGCAUCUUCUUGCAAACGUUUCCAUCAGAGAAAGCACCGGUUUUAACGUCCUGCUUUGAAGUACGGUCGUUAAUCUUUAACGCCUAACUGACUAAAACCAUAGAUGUCGCAAGCUUGAGGCCGCAGUCUCGAACACUGACCACAGGCACCAUGCAUAUUUGUGACAUCAGUCUGGGCAGGAUAACGGACACUUAAGCAAAGUUUGUGCAAUCAACCCAUCGCACAAUAAGUGCACUUCCAGAUUAAACGGCAAACAUUUUUCUGUUUGUGAUGUCUUAAUUGUGCUCCUUAAUAAACUUUUGCAUUUUUGGAAGAAUAUUUAUGGUGCACUGAAAACCGAUUGUUCUAAUCGUAUUUGUUUGCCGACGUUUUUGAUAACGUCUCCUGCCUUGACUAAACAGGAUGCUCUUGUUAUGCAAUAAGGAUUAAAUAAUGAAUCGAAAAAAGCUAAACAAUUGAGCGGAAAUCAUCAGUCCGGUAUGACAAAUCCAAAUUUAUUCAGCUGAAACAUUAUUCAGCAACUAGAACGCUGACAAUGAGCCUCCGAUUAAACGUAAAUAAAAUGUUAGCCCCGCAGUUAACGGUACUUAGUUUUGAUCAGUAAUCAACCCUAUGCUCUUCUUGCAUAACUGUUCAUGAGAUAAAUCGAUUUUAUCGAAUGCAAAAACAGAGUCAACAUUCAGUACAGCCGGUUAACUGACAGUGUAGCGUCCAUGACUACAUACACGCAUCCUGUUCUACAAAUCAUCAAAAACAACUUUAUGAAAGCCCAGGAAUGUAGUUUCCGUAAAAUAUUUGGGGGCAAAAUCUCGCUUUUAACGCAUCUUUAUCGGCAUCGUAGCAUUUGGCACACAACAGUCGACCGUACACUGUAAAAAGCAAACGUCUGCUAAAAAUUAAUAAUAAUUACGCCACAAAGUGUAUGUCGUAGGUCUACCGGUUGGCUCCGUUAUAUGCCUGGGUUAUUUUGCUUCACAGCAGCGCACGUAACAUACAACCGCGUUUCAGCUUUCCGUAUAAAGAUACUACUUUCCAUGCCAUGAACGUCAAUACAAUGGGAUCGCUAUAAAAUCUAUUUUGGUAAUAUCUCACAUGCGGCCUUAAUCAGGAAAAUAAGCGCGUAUGUCUGAAAGGCGCACGCGCUGCAGCGCCACAACUCUCUGAUCACAGUCGGAGAAGAUUAUUACUGCCAUAAAAGCUUUCUUGCCGACAAAGCACGACGCGGAGAGAAUACUAAGCUCCAGUUUAAUUGGCGUCAUCAUUCAUAAAUUCCAUAUAUCCUCUGGAAACAGCAUCGUCUUGAGUCAUCAGACUGAUGUGCCGUUGCAAGACUGGAAAUUUUACUGUUUCGAAAAAUCUUACAAUCGGCCACUUUUUAAAGCUGUAAGAUUUUUUUGACUGGUAAAAAAUGUAAAGAAAACGUAAUCUGCUAUCAUGGGAUUACAAGAAAUAAUAUUUUCGUGCAUCUUCAUUAUAAGAUGUAAUGGAGUUCAAAUGGCCACCGAAAAGGAAUUUGCAGAAUCCCCCCUACCUAAGUAGUCAUUUUUGCAGGGUAUUGAUGUUUAGAACGAUGGAGAAGAAACUCAUUCAAAGGCUCAUAUGCUGCCGCGACUGGAAUAUCUUGUGAUUAUGACGCUAAAUAGGUAGUAUUGCAACAUUAUUUAGGUAAAAGUUUUUAACUAAAUGCACAUUUCAGCAUUUUGGUCGGCGCUUCUUGCGCCAGCACAUUAACUAUGCAGAGAGUGCCCCAAAAUUCUCAUGUUGGCGACGGGAAUGUGUAAUUUGUCUUGAGUCAUAGACCUCUACAGAAUACCCCUGAUUGCAUAUUAAACAAAUGAUGAAGAAAUGCUGCCUUUUGACAGAAUCACAGCUUUGUGUUCCGCUCCAUAUCUGAAAAUUACAACCCACAGAUCAAUUUCGAAUACUCCGUUUUUUAAUGAAAGCACACCUUCAAAAGUAAGUAAUUUAGGAGUUGCUCCUCUUCUACGCUAGACAAGCUUACUUCAUCUCAUGGGCACAAGCUGUGGUUUAGAGGCACAAAAAAUGCUAGUCCACAAUCCGGUAUGUAAAGUAUCUUUCGAACGUCAUUUUAACAGUCAUUUUUCUGGGAUCCUACUUGAAGGUUUGGUUCGUAAAUGAUUUCACUUUGCCGGGUACUGUUUGCGUGGUCCUUAUCCUAACCUUGAGUACAUAUUUGACGGUAACUUAAUUUCACUUCAGAAUUAACCGCGAUCGUUUUAAGUUUUCAUAGAAUUCUUAAUAGACAAAUAUUAUUACUCUUAUAAUUUUCAGCGUUAAUAUAAGGAUUUAAUUUAUUUGGACUGCCUGGUAUGAAUUGCAUGGAAAACCACUCACUUUUUCUUUGAUUUGCCAAAAUAAUUAAAAGGUUAGAUUCGGAAAACAGAAUUUUUCGAACCACAUUUUGCAAACUACCUUUAAAUCUUGUCGAAACUACCCCACGCAAUAUAAAUUAUCCUGUCUUCUCAAAAGGCGUUAUUCCCUUAGUCUAGAGGGCUUCGCGAAAAAACCUUCAAACCUUUUCUGCGUGAACAUAAAUGUUUACGAAUUCAUCACGAUUACCAGGAGACAUUAUACACAACACACCUGUUAAACGAUGUCAUGAAUUAUAAUACUGAACAAUUUACGUUUGCUUCACUUAAAUUGAAACGAAAUUGCAUGCUAUCUGCUUAUAAACACGAGGUACGGUGGGUAGACUUUAAAGCAAUUUAGGGAAAGUUGCGUAAUAUUAUACUAAACGUGUCGUUGGCGGAUGCAUAUAUGCCUAAUACGUUCCGUUUCGCAAAGGAAAUAACACGGCGAUUCAAAACCUAACCUCUAACAUAUCGGAAUGAAACUUGCAAAUUCAGUGGCAAAUUGGUAAAGAUUAGCCGGAGAAGGACUAAAUGACAGAAAUAUUGAUCACAUCUGCCUAUUCUCUAGGACAUUUAUUGAAUUAGAACACGGCCAAAGAACAAAAAAUUGGAUUAGUUGCGAAGACAUCUAAAGGAAAUAAUAAGCACAACAGUGCACUUAACAAGGCAAUCAAGCGACGCGAGAAUGGAAAAUGGAACACGCUCGCAAUUAUCCAUAAAAAAAUUGGAGGAAUUUCUUUCUCCUGUCUACAAUUAGGCGGAUUUCAUAGAAAAAUUGCGCAGUAUGUCAUCUGACCACCCAGUCAAAGCGACCUGAGCUCAGCACGUUGACAAUGAACCCGGAACACUAAUAAGCCUGCAAACGUUGCAAUUUGAAUGAAAGUGUUCUAAAGUCUCUCCUGCAAUCACCAAUGCGUAAUGACCGUUUUGAAUUAUUAAUAUAACCAGAAGCUGCUUCAAAUACGGACCGUUAUCCGGGUGCGUUAAGCAAUCUACUUAGAAAAAUGGGCGAAAUUGGCCAUUUCAUUAGAAAGGGAAUAUAGGUUUUGCAAGACGAUGAAUGCAUACAUUGGUGGAUUGGCGCUCACCGAUCGUUUCUACGGACCUCACUUGUUCCAUUGUGCUUUACUCGUUCUCUCUCUCGAGCCCGACUAGCAGCCGUACAGUGGCGCAUAAUACACGCAGAAUGGCAUUACCGACAGUCUCUCUCGUCCUUGUCGAUAAGAUCAUAACGUUUACAUUGUAAGAAGUCCAAACAUAGGACUUCGAAGCAACAGUGACACAAAGUCUUCUAGAGCAUAAUUUUUUGUCGUCUUCUUGAAAUGGCAUUGUAAGUGGUUUUGUCCUCUUCCCUCGUCUUAAUGUGCCCGCCUCGUCUCACAAUGCGAACUAGAAUAGUACCGCCAUUUGCAAAAGGUUUCUCGAGAAGUGACUGAUUAGGGAAUAGAAUUUAAUAAAAGUCGCAGAGAAUUUUUUGUGCUAAUUACGUUUCUUCUAUUUAAGAGUUACGAAAUAGAGAACGUUGUCUGUAAUUGCAGGGGUUCAUCGUUUUACAUAGCACACCAGAUCAUUUGAGUUUUGGACGGCUCCCAUACCGUCGCUCUUCAUGCCAUUAUGCUUAAUGUUUACUAGGCCGCAUCUCCCAGGCUUUCAGCUAGACCGGUCGUUUCUCACAUCUCAUCCUCUCUCAAGUGAGACAGCAAUAAAUAAAUCCUUCUUCGUGCAAUACUAAACUAUCCUUUGUGUCAGGUGUGGGAAAGUUGGCACGUGCUACUGGUGGCUGGCAUUUCACCGCUGUUUUAGGCAUUUUACAGGCAAAUGAAAGCGAACCCCUGUUUGGCUAACAACUUUUUUAAAACUAUCUUUAAUUAAAAAAUAGUUGCAUUCAUACAGGACUGGAUGGAUCCCGAAGCAAUAAAGGUCACGAUUAAACUACCACUUGCGAGGUCGAGCGAUGACGGCAAUGCUGGUAAAUUGUUGCUAUCUUAUAUUCCCUUAAUUUACAGUGAGUGACCGAUCACAUGAAAUGCUGGCCGAAAUUCUGAACUGUGUUUUCGAUUAGGAAGGGUUACUUAGGUUUGGUUGUAAUAUUGAUCAUCCUGCGGCGUAAUUUUGUAGAAUUUUAAACCCACCAGGAUGGCAGCUUAUGUAUGCAGUUCCCUUUCACCUACUGCUGAAACCAUAUUUGGGAAAAAUGACUGCUUAAGGAGCAUACACUUUUCCCAUUGAUUUUCGUUGGUCUUUUUACUUUUAAUAUAUUUUAUAGAACUCAUGCCCAAAAAUAUCCUUUUCGUUCAUUCAGUUGCUAGAAAAUCACAUUGUCUUUAAUGUUAUCCAUGAAGAAAUGUCACACAAAGGCUUUGAAAGUCUUCUUACGUCCGAAUAAACCAGAGCCUUUGCAUGAGCGUUUAACGAUCUUAGCCUGCAAGGCGCGCGCUUCCUGCGUAAAGAAAAUUAUAAAUCUCUCUUUUCCUUUAAGAACAAAUCAUAUAUAAUUUUUAAAAUUGUGCAAUGGAUGCGAACCAUUUUUGUACAUUUCAUGAGGAACUUUGGUAAGCAGACAUGUUUUAUGCUGUAUCCAUGGACAACGCACGGUCUUAACAAUCCCAUAAGAGACAUUUAUAAAAGCUUAGAGACAAUCUUUCUUGGGGUUGAAAUGCAAAGACAAUGCUGUUUACUACCAAACAAGUAAAAAGGCGCAUUUUGUCUGUAAAAUUAUUUGCAUUUGUGAGGCCAUCGAAGAUCAAUGUGAGAACUGUAUUCUGUUUAAGUAGUCAUUUUUUGUUGAAUGUCGUUUCUGUAGAGGGUGAAAAUGAGGUGUAAUCGAUAGCCUCUAUUCUAUCAAUUUUGAAAUAUUAUUGAAUUAUGCCGUAUUUUAGUUGAUAUUAAAAAUCCAUCUAAGUAAUUCUUCCUAAUCGGACACGCAUUUCAGAAUUUUGGCCAACAUUUCAUGAGGUUGACCACUCACUGUAAGUCAGCCUUAUCCCUUACAACCAUUCGGGGUCAAGAAGACCACUGUGCAGGGACUGCAGAGAUGAGUGCGCCAUAAACAUUUCCGCGUACAGCACGUCGUUUGUCCCGAGCGCCGUGACAUUCCCUGCAGCCAUAGAUUUGUAUUCUGUUAUGUUCAGGAAGGAACCAUGUAUUAUUGCAUUCACCAGAAAAAAAUCACAUCUCAUUUGAAGUCAUUUAAAAUGCCAUCGGUUUACUCGGUACUAAUUGAUUGUAAGACCCAGAAGUAGGUGGCAGCGACAAAAUUAUACUCUAAACCUACAGAAUGCACACUACACGUCAUUUCUGACGUUUAUCCAAACGACUGAUUUAAUCUCACAAUCACACUCUCGGACCAUUUAUUGGUCUGCAUUUCUGUAACAACACCGGACACCUAUGCUGAUCCUCCUUAUUCCGCCGCGCUUAAUGUUUACUAGACUGCAUCUCAAGGGCAUUCAGAUGCACCGGUCACUGUUCAUAUCUCACCCUCUAUCAAAUUAGUCGUUCAUGUUACGAUCAUUGCUUGUAAACUGAAAACAAGCCCGUUAGGGGAGGUGGUACUCUCUACCGGUGCCUGCCGACUCGCAGCUACUUUGCGCUUCUUACAAACGAGCGAUCAUCCAUGCAAUUAACGUAUGUCUUACCUUCUACACAUCCUCAUCAACACUUAGAGUUUUUGCGUUUAAAAACACCUUCAGCAUUUUUAUUUAUUGCAGUCAUCUUUAGUGCACUAACAGAGCAAUUUGCGUGGAUUCGUCCGUUGCGAAAAUCUGAGGCUGUCUGCAUACCUGACGAAGUUUCUCAUCUAAAUCCCCUUCAAAGUUCGACUAGAAAUAAAUUAUCACUAAUCAAAAUUCUGCAAUCUCUUAGCCUACUGUCACUUUGGAGGCGACAGUAAACACUAAGUACACUCAAGAAUAAAGUGAAGUUUGCAAAUAUUGUCUGAUACUGAAGGUCACGCAACCAUCGUGGCUAGCAACCCGAUGCUGACUUUGUCGUCUGCAGGCCUCCCAACUACGUCCGUCAGACACAUCUUUACUUCAAUCUACCCAAGACGCAGUUAGGUCCACAGUGGCGUAAUUGCGCAGUUCUCUACAUCCAGCCCCGAGGAACUAGCACAUAAAUCAGGACAAAAUGUGUAGACGGUUUGGUACAAAACGCAAAUAAAUACUCGUUAUAAUUUCAAACUGAAGCGAAAAUCUCAUUCUCUUAGAUAUUUUUUCUCAAGCACUUAGGCUUUCAAUGUAUCCGCAAAGAAAAUAUUUUUAAAAGAUGAAAGGUGAAUUGAGUGACGUCGCAUUACUCUUAAAAAUGGAGCAACCUCAAAAGCAAACUGUGCAUAUGCAUACUGGUCAUCCAGCUAUUCUCUUCUAGGCUAUCUGCGAUGUGCAUUAUGCAGUGCGUACUCUGUGCGCGAUUUCGUAAUCACAACCAGGGUUAUUGGGCUCUCGAAUUAUUAUUCACCAGCAUAUGAACUUAACAUUUCAGAUAUUUUAUUUGGAACAAAAAUGUAAUUUAUAAACUCACCUUUUGCUGCUAAAAUGCUACUGCGACGAAAUUCAGCCCGCCUGGUAUUCGGCAAACAACCGGCCUUCAUAUGGUGACUCUCUGACGGAAACAGUACUGUUGUUUUCGGUUGCUCGACAAAUGAGUAUACUCAUGAUUAUCUGAAUGUAAAAUGAAGAUUUCGGUGCCAGAGGUUCAGUGCGUGACAACAAGGGCAUCCUCUAUUUGCAGCCCCGCUCGUUUACCAUCUCAUUUUCCUCAGACAUCCCCUACGGGACCAUUUCCCUCUUGAAAGGAAUUUCUUUGACGUAUUUUUCCAUGAACUAUCUGACAGUGGCAUUGCAUUUAGUUCCGUUUGGCAGAAACUGCAUGCCGAUUUUCAAUAAAAACGGUUCCAAAAGUUUAUUUGUGUUACUAUUCGCGAUGACACUUGGGCAUAGAUGUGCCGACGUUUUGUAUAAGUCUCAGGACGUCCCACACACACUCUCUAGAUUAUGUACGUCACCAUAAAGUCUGAUUAGUCAUCCUAUCCAGUUUAAAGUCCGAAUGACAUUAUUUCAGUCAGCUGUGCAGAAAAAUGCAUUUUCACAUCGACUGCGUUAUUUCGUAGAUGAAUAGCAUGUGAUCGAUGUGUUAUUUAUUGGAGUAUAAAUUGCAUGGUUUGCUUGCAAUAUUCACGUGGAAACUGAGCCUGUUUCUCGCAGGAAGCAGCUUUAAUGCGCCUUCCAUGACUUUAAUAACUUUAUCUUGUCCCACCUUACUUCUUUCCCAAGAUGUUGACAGGUAUUUCAAAUUUUAAAUGGUUGCGCUUUUUACCAGGCAUGUAAAAUCCGAGGCACUGUAAGGCUGAAAUUUAAAUUUACUUACGUAGUCACCUUGACCCGGCGCUAGACGAGUUAGCUUAGAAAGCGGAAAUUCGAACCGUAAACGCACUCUCUCAGCAGACAGAGUAGGUAAACUCGGCUUUCAAGCUUCUUUUAUAAUAGUUACAGCAAAAUGUGAGUCCUUAAGUUUUCAAAACUUUAAUAAACAAAAGACAAUGGAAAAUGCCCAGAAUAUGCACAGUAAUGUAUACCAAACGGUACAUAGGCCGAAGAGGGAAAAGUAAAAAUCAUUCAAAAUGCUAAAUGGGGUUAAAACAACGCCUGAUGAUUAAAGGUCCUCUUUAAUGAAACAAAUUGCUAAACCGUAUCCUUUCCUACAUUACGCUAUGCUCUUAGCCUCCAAAUUGCACACCGAAUUUGAGUACUACGUGUCAGCACCAUUCUCUGAAAUCCCGGUGCUUUUUUGACCUAACUUUAUUUGGCAGCAACCAAUUUUCAAUCCAUCCUUUUGAAGUUUGCGAUUGCACUAAAGUCGUUUUUGCUAUUCCCCCUCCCUCCCGCCCCUUAAACGAACUUUUACAGCCAUAUCUCUACUGAUUUCUCUGGCCACCUGGGGCGAUAUUGCCACACACACGCCCUCCAGUGUGCUUCGUCGUCGGCGUACCAACCAACUCUUAAAGUACCUUGAAAUCCUCCAGCGUGAAGUCUAUGAGAACCGAACCGCUCUGGUAUCGUUUUUGCGACAGCAGUUGAAAGUCCAAAGGGGGACAGUGCAAUCCGAUGGCGGGGACCUGCCUAAACUGUCUGCGCAUCUCCAACUUAGCUGGCCUUUCUGGGUGGCUGUUGUGGCCGAAUUUCUCCUCUCCAUUGCCAUUCUCCUCUUUCUAAUGCGCCGGGACUGCAAGGUUCCCCAGACUGCCUCGGCCUGA